AUGGCUUCCGUCACCCGUCUCAGCAACUCUGCCCUGAGGGCUUCAUUGCGAGCCCCUGCCCGGGCCACGGCUUUCAACGCCACCCGCUGCUACUCCGCCAAGGCUCAGUCCCUCAAGGACCGCUUCGCUGAGCUUCUCCCCGAGAAGAUUGAGCAGAUCAAGACUCUCCGAAAGGAGCACGGUUCCAAGGUCGUCGACAAGGUCACCCUCGACCAGGUCUAUGGCGGUGCCCGUGGCAUCAAGUCCCUCGUCUGGGAGGGUUCCGUUCUCGACGCUGAGGAGGGUAUCCGAUUCCGUGGAAAGACCAUCCCUGAGUGCCAGGAGAUCCUCCCCAAGGCUCCCGGUGGCAAGGAGCCUCUCCCUGAAGGUCUCUUCUGGCUCCUUCUGACCGGUGAGGUCCCUACCGAGCAGCAGGUCCGUGAUCUGUCCGCCGAGUGGGCUGCCCGCUCCGAUAUCCCCAAGUUCGUCGAGGAGCUCAUCGACCACUGCCCUACCGACCUCCACCCCAUGGCCCAGUUCUCUCUGGCCGUCACUGCUCUCGAGCACACCUCUUCCUUCGCCAAGGCCUACGCCAAGGGUAUCAACAAGAAGGAGUACUGGCACUACACCUAUGAGGAUUCCAUGGACCUCAUUGCCAAGCUGCCCAACAUUGCUUCCCGCAUCUACCAGAACGUCUUCAAGGGCGGAAAGGUCGCUGCCAUCCAGAAGGACAAGGACUACUCCUUCAACUUUGCCAACCAGCUCGGCUUCGGCGAGAACGAGGACUUUGUUGAGCUCCUGCGUCUGUACCUGACCAUCCACACCGACCACGAGGGUGGCAACGUCAGCGCCCACACCACCCACCUGGUUGGCAGCGCUCUCAGCUCUCCCUUCCUGUCCCUGGCUGCCGGUCUCAACGGUCUUGCCGGUCCCCUGCACGGCCUUGCCAACCAGGAGGUGCUCAACUGGUUGACCGAGAUGAAGAAGGCCAUUGGUGACGACCUCAGCGACAAGGCCAUCACCGACUACCUCUGGUCCACCCUCAACGCCGGCCGUGUCGUUCCCGGUUACGGCCACGCCGUCCUCCGCAAGACCGACCCCCGUUACACUGCCCAGCGCACUUUCGCUCAAGCCAAGAUGCCCAACGACCCCAUGUUCCAGCUUGUCAGCCAGGUUUACAAGAUUGCCCCUGGUGUCCUGACUGAGCACGGCAAGACCAAGAACCCUUACCCCAACGUCGACGCUCACUCCGGUGUCCUGCUCCAGUACUACGGUCUGACCGAGGCCAACUACUACACCGUCCUCUUCGGUGUUUCUCGUGCUAUUGGUGUCCUUCCCCAGCUGAUCAUUGACCGAGCUGUCGGUGCCCCCAUCGAGCGCCCCAAGUCCUUCUCCACCGACAAGUGGGCUGAGCUUGUCAAGAAGCUGUAA